AUGUCUGAUCAAAUAUUUCCAGAUAAUCAAGGCAACCCAGUCAGUUUGGGAUCUGCACACAAUGACAGCAUACGUGAUACGAACAAGCUUGACCCCAAGGAAAAUUCGGAUCCGCGCACCCAUGAUGCCGAGUACCUCGCCGCAAGCACUCACUUUAUGCCUCAGGCUGGAAAAUCCGCAGGUAUUACCAAGCAGCAGGAGCAGAGAGAAGAUUCAAAUCAGGAUGAUCAUCGCCAACAGAAAAUCGCUGGCAGCAGUCACUUCAUCCCCCAGGCUGGAAAACCAGCAGGCAACUCGUCACUGUGA